UCUAUGGCGCUAUCUGAGGCUGCACCUGAGGCUGGCACCAAGGAGAAGAUAGGCUACAAAGGUGAUAAGCACUCCCACCCAGAAACUGGGUUCAGGAAGCACCAGCUGGAGCUGUAGUUAAUCAUUCACUCAAACCACAAGAAAGGACUUCUUCCUUGGUGAGCUCUGGACAAGUCAUCUAGACUGAAAACUAAGACCCAGUGGUACACAGUCAUUUCUUUGACUUGGGGUGCAGCUGUGGCCACGUCACAGCCUCUUCUGUCUGGGACCCCUGCAAAGCGUGAGGACUGAAGGACAAUCCUGAUUGCCUUUGCUCGUGUAAGACACAGUACUGUUAGCAGAAAACCAGAUUUACACAGGCCAAAUGGCAACCCUAAACGUCACUCAGAAUGACGACUUCUGGCAGAACCCCUGGGAUGUGGGAGGUCUGACAGUGAUUGGCUUAUUCACCUUCACCUUUGUGUUCUUCAUCAUAUUUGCUACUGUGUUUGGUUACGUGGAAAAGACAGAGUGUGAAGAGGAGUAAGCGGACUUCCUUAGAAGGCAGCAGGCAAAGGCAGGUUGACCUGCCUACCCCAUACCAGUGGUUGGGCUUUCCACAGUCCCCUGUGGCUCAAGAAAGACUAUUCAAGCACAUGAAGAGGGCCUCUCCUCUACCUCACAUGAGAGCAGCAAUGGCCAGCCAAGUCCUCUAACAGGUUCCCUGCCGAGCCAGCAACCUUUUAAGUCCUUGACAGAGAAAGAAAACCAUCAAAGUAAAGAUUCCUUUUCAAAUCUGCUAACUUGUGAUAGCUCGUUUUCUACGUAGACAUGGUUACUGGAGCCGGCUUUCCUAGUGAACCUCACCAAUGCCUGCAAGCCCUCAUGGGUCUGGUCCUGUAAGGAGCACAAUCAGUCUCAUUGGCUGUGUGCCAUGUACCCUUAGGUUCACAGCACGACUUCCAGUUCCUAAAUAUGCUGUGCUUUCUCCUGCCUCCGUUCUGCAUCUCCCCCUGACUGGGAUGCUCUCUUUCAAACCACAUCCAAUUCCAUGGCCUAACUGGUACCUUCACCCUUCAGGUCUCAGUCUAAACCUGCCUUGUUCAGGUGAACGUCCCCUGACUGACUUGUAAGACUGAGACAGAGCUA